CAGCUCAGAGACUGUGACAGCUCGGAUCGAGAACAAAGAAAGAAGUGAGACGGAGAAACACGAUGGAUGAAUUCAGAUGGAUUCAAAUGUUUUUAUGUCUGAUGCUCAUCAUUCCGACUGCAGCAUCAGUAAAUGAAACGUCCAUUUUUAUGAAGGUUGGAGAUGACGUCACUCUGCCUUGUCUAAAUGUGACAGAUGACCAGAAUAACUGUGAUGGUACUACGUGGAUCUUUGGUUCAAGAAGCAAACCGACAGUCGAGCUGAUCAGAUUUGGACGGAUUGGUGAAGAAGACAAAACUGAAUCAGACAGACUGAGUGUCACAGCGAACUGUUCUCUGGAUAUAAAGCAGCUCACAGCUGAGGAUGCUGGUCUUUAUUACUGUCAACAAUACAAAUUAUUAGAUGCACAAGCUCAGCGCACUCGGGUUCAUCAGUCUGUGGUUCAUCUCUCUGUUAUUACCUUGACUGAACAUAAGGACAACGAUAAGGUGGUUUUAAACUGCUCUGUGUUGACCUAUGACGUGUGUCAUCACACAUUGAGAUGGGGGCUAAAAAGCCAGAUUGAGCAAGAUAACAAUCAAAUAGUGACUUCACAGACUCCCUGCUCCAUCAGCAUGUCUUUCCCAGAGUCUCACUAUUUAUACCCAUCAAGAUAUAACAUACUGAAGUGUGAAGUGACUGAUACUGACACAGAAAAUGUCCAGCUGUUUACCUUCAGCCCUCAGCCUUCAUUCCAAGAAACAGGUGACACAAAAUCAUCAAAGAAACCAACCAGAAAAACAGAAAGCAGCACAAAAUCAGAAACAACAAUAAAAUAUGCUUUGCAAGAUUUUUUUGUGUCUUUGAGGUUCAUUAUUGUCUCUGUGGGUUUAGCAGCACUUCUAAUAACUGCUGUGACAGUCAACAUAUGGACAAGAGCUAAAGGGAACAAAGCACAGAUGGAUAAAACCACAGUACAAUAUGAUGAAGAUGAUGAUGUUUCAAUAAACUAUGAAAACAUUGGAUACUCUGCAGCUUCUGUCAGACUCCACUGAUUAGCCACAUCCACUCAGCAGAGAAAACUGCUGUUAUGUCAUUUGUAUAAUCUCAUUUAGUUUUAUGUGUUAAAUCUUUUAGACAAA